AUGACCUUUUUGCCAAGCUGGAUGGAAUUUCGUCCAGACGGGAUCCAGAAUCAGUCGUCCAGCAUCCCAGAGUUCUACGUCAUGGCUUCCAACACUUCGAAUUAUAAACUUACCGCCUCUACGGCUAAUUUGAAAUAUAAUGACAUACUACCCUACAAUACCGAUGACGUACCCCUCGCCAGGGAAUUACUACACAAAGCUGUCAGCGGCCUUCCUAGUUUUUUCAAAGAAAAAGUGCCUACCAAUAUUCUGCCCUACAAAACACAAAACGAAGCCCAAACAAGAGAAUUCUUGCAAAAAGUUAUCGACGUACUCUUGGACUUUGUAAAGUCGUCCAAUGAUCGCAGCGAAAAAAUUCUGGACUUUCAUCAUCCAGAAGAAAUGCUGAAACUGCUGGAUUUGAGGGUUCCGGAUCAAGGGGUUUCGCUGCAGCAACUCGUCAACGAUUGCGCUACAACUUUGAAGUAUCAAGUCAAAACUGGACACCCAAGAUUCUUCAAUCAACUUUCUUGCGGCCUGGAUUUAAUUUCGAUGGCCGGCGAGUGGUUGACUGCCACAGCUAAUACCAACAUGUUCACCUACGAAAUUGCUCCUGUUUUCAUUCUUAUGGAGACCGUCGUCAUGACUCACAUGAGGGAGCUUAUUGGUAGUGGUUGGAGGGAUGGAGACUCUAUUUUGGCGCCAGGUGGAUCCAUAUCAAAUCUCUACGCGUUUUUGGCCGCAAGACAUAAAAUGUUCCCUAAUUACAAAGAAAAAGGAAUAGCCACUAUACAAGGACAACUUGUAAUGUUCACUUCAGAUCAGAGUCACUACAGUGUUAAAUCUUGCGCCUCCAUCUGCGGAUUGGGUACCGAUAACUGCGUAAUGGUGCCGUCAGACGAGCAAGGAAAACUGAUUCCUAGAGAACUGGAACGGAUGGUUCUCGAGCGAAGAAAUAAAGGCCAUAUUCCAUUUUUCGUUGCUUGCACUUCGGGCACCACCGUUUUGGGAGCGUUCGAUCCCAUUAACGAGAUUGCUGAUAUUUGUGACAGAUACGGAAUGUGGUUGCACGUUGAUGGUUUGUUGAUGAGUUGUAACCAAAUGUCUGCAGAUUAUCUAUUUAUGCAAGAUAAACUCUACGACAUUAAAUUCGAUACUGGAGACAAAGUUAUCCAGUGCGGACGGCAUAACGAUAUUUUCAAGUUGUGGUUGCAAUGGAGAGCCAAGGGUGAUGACGGUUUUGAGAAACACAUGGACCGCCUUAUGGAAUUGACCGAAUACUUAGUAAAAAAGAUCAGAGAUCAACCUGACAAAUUCUACCUCAUCAUGGAACCAGAAAUGGUUAACGUUAGUUUCUGGUACAUUCCUAGUCGUUUAAGAAAUAUGCCGCACAAUAAACACCGGGAGCAGGAGCUGGGAAAUAUGUGUCCUGUACUUAAAGCCCGAAUGAUGCAAGAAGGAACCCUUAUGGUAGGUUACCAACCGGACGAUCGCAGGCCUAACUUUUUCAGGAACAUUAUUUCAUCUGCAGCGGUUACCGAAAAGGACAUUGAUUUCCUGUUGAGCGAAAUGGACCGUCUCGGACAUGAUUUGGCCUUUAUUCUACAAUCAGAAGCAAAAAUGCACUUACCAGCCACCAUAGGAGAUUACACAGAUUUCUAUUCUUCAAUCCAUCAUGCUACCAAUGUUGGAAUUAUGUUCAGGGACAAAAAUAAUGCUUUAAUGCCAAACUGGAAAUACAUACCAGUAGGAUAUCAUGGCCGAGCAAGUUCAGUGGUAAUUUCUGGAACACCUAUCCACAGACCGCAUGGACAAACUUUAGUAAUUGAUGGGGCACCUCCAGUAUUUGGCACCUCUAAACUUAUGGAUUUUGAAUUGGAAAUGGCAUUUUUCGUUGGAGGCUCCAACAAAUUAGGGGAACCUAUAAGCGCACAAAAUGCGCACAAGCAUAUAUUUGGAUUUGUUGUAAUGAACGAUUGGAGCGCUAGAGAUAUUCAAAAAUGGGAAUAUGUUCCUCUUGGUCCUUUCACUGCAAAAAAUCUCGGUACCACCAUAUCGCCUUGGGUGGUAACCACUCUUGCUUUAGAACCGUUUAUAGUCGAUAAUUUCCCGCAGGAUCCAGAACCUUUUCCAUAUCUUAAGCAUUCGGAUAAUUUUAAUUUUGAUAUUAGCCUUCAAGUGGAUAUUACUCCAAAAGAUUCUCCUGUUUCAACCACCGUCUGUCGCUCCAACUUUAAAUAUUUAUAUUGGACAGCAAAACAACAACUGGCACACCAUACUAUUACUGGAUGUAACGUGAAUCCUGGAGAUUUGAUGGGAAGUGGUACUAUCAGUGGAGAAACUUCUGAUUCAUUUGGAAGCCUUCUAGAACUGUCAUGGAAAGGAACCAAACCAUUGACCCUUCAAGAUGGAACCAAAAGGAAGUUCCUCCAGGAUGGAGAUACAGUUACAAUGAAAGGUGUCUGCGAAGGUGAUGGCUAUAAUGUUGGAUUUGGUAGUUGUGUUGGACAACUAUUGCCAGCUAGAGAAUUGAAGUUUUGAUUUUUGUAUAUAAAUUUUGAUAUUCCAAAUAAUAAAUAAGGGCACAUGAUAACUUUCAUUGAACUAUUAACCACAUAACUAAUGGUUUCUUAUUGGAAAAAACUAAAACGUAUGCCAAGCAUACCAUACCAAUCAAUAUAAUACCUAUAAAUAAAAAUCCAUCGGAAAACGAUACGCAUACAGUGUUGUGGGAUCUAAGGAUCCGCCCUAUCAUUCAAGAAUUUCGAAUUUUAUGACACAGGGCAAAAAAUUCCUAAAAUAAUUGUUGGCUUGAGUAAGCUCUAAAUAGUCAGAAGAUUGUGUUGUUGUACCAUACUGUUUCAUUGGAGGCACACCUGUUAUGUACCAAACGGAAAUCUAGAACAGACCCUUUAUGUACCAAACGAAAAUUGGUAAUAGGGAAUUAUUGUAAAAAGAAUAAAAUUCAACAAACAUCUAACAUAAUAUAUAAAACAAUAAACUUUCAUUCUAUCAAAAAUAUUUAAAAUAAAUUAAGUUAUUUUUUUUUUUAUUUUUUAAUUUUUUAAACAGAAACAAAUAAAGUUAACAAGAAUAAAUAACUAAAAUACUAUCAAUUAAUGACUAGUUCUUUCUUCUCAAGUUAACAAAUGUCUGGUAACAGUUUAACUAUAACAUGAAAAUCUGAACAAGGGUAAUUCUAUUUAGUAUAAGAAAAGCUGAUAACUUGUUAUCGUUUUUAAAUUAUCCAACUUAUAAUUGAAUGACCUUGGCUUACACUCAAAAACAGUAAGUUUAAUAGAAACAAUGAUUAUUUUCUAAAUUACUUAUAACUACAUAAAAAAUAAACAACUAAAAAGAAUUUGACAAAAACUCUUUGUCACCAUUAGAUGGCAUUGAACACUAAGCUGACUUACCAUAUCAGUAUCGAUGGUAUUAUUAGGCUGCGUGAGUCGAGCCGCUAUCGUAAGUAACAAUAAAUAACUAGUUAACUAAAAUCUGUAAAAAAAAUUAGGGUCCUUUGGUAAAAGCUAUAGUCAAAAAUGGAAAUCUGAACAACAAUGAUUAAUUCUAUAAUAAUGAUGAUGAUGAAUAACAAAACAUGGUUGAAAAACAUAAAAACAAUAUUUUUAAUAAGAACAUUACUUUCUAAAUCCCCUAAACCUAUCUGGCAAAUACUCCCUGUUAUCAUUAGACAGCAUUGAACCAUACUGAACAGAGUUCGGAUUCCGACUGGAAGAAAAUCUAUAAGUUUCCCCAUGAGGUUCAAUCAUACUAUUAUUAUGUCUCUCUUCAACACUAUUAAAGUUUACUGAUCGCCUCUGGGCACUUUGUGCCAACAAAUGAAGCGAUUGUGGUCGUGUAGCUUCACGACUAUCAUGGUGAGAAAGUUUCCGCCUGCUAGAAGUAGCAAACAGUUUGCUGACAUUUUCUUUCGAAAUUUGGGUGGGCAAUUGAUUUUCUGGUGUCGAUUGUGCUCGACGAUAGGAUGGCGCAUAACUUUGCGAUUGUGGUUUGAAAAUAUUCUCCUUAUUUUGAUAAGCCAAAGAAGUUGAUUCACAAUUGAAUCCACUAGCAUCAUAUCUCGGAACAUUUUCUACGAAAUUAUUAGCAGGAUUAUUGUUCACAACGAAGCUUGGCUCAUCCAAUUGUUGCGAAAAGUGAUCAAUGCAAGAAUCUGGAAUAUCAUUAAUAGAAAUGGUAUAUGGACGAGUAUGAUGCAAGUUUCUAUUUUCAACGUAACUGCGAUAAGGAAUCAAUUCAGGUAUAGAAUCAGGGUAAGGUUUACAAUAAUGAUUCAUUCUUGGAUAAUGAUUACAGCACACGUGAUGAGGAAACGUGCUUGGAACACUGAAGCAAGGCUGCUGUUGAGAAAAAUAUGAGCACACUCUUGGCGCAUAUCUUUGGGGGGAAUCAAAUAAAGGUCUCUGGGAAUCAAAUAAAGGUCUUUGGGAAUCAAAUGUAGGUCUUUGAGAUUCAAAUGAAGGCCUUUGGAAAUCAAAUAAAGGUCUUUGGGAAUCAAAUGAAGGUCUUUGGGAAUCAAAUAAAGGUGUUUGUCGAUGAUAAU